AUGAGUGUUAUAAUCUGGAAUUGCAGAGGAGCGGGUAAUGAGGAGUUCAGGAGGAUUUUUAGAUCAAUGUUAGACUAUAACAGACCAUUUCUGGUGGCCCUACUGGAAACAAAGUUAGCGGGACACCAAGCUAUAAUGGAGGACUUUGGGUUCACAAAAAUGACUCAAGUUGCAGCUCAGGGUAACUCAGGUGGAAUGGUUAUGAUGUGGAAUGAAGCAGAGGUGACAAUAGAUCAAGUAGCUAGCACUGAGCAGGAAAUCCACGCCAUGGUAAAGCUAAAUGAUUCUCCACACCAAUGGCUUUUAUCAGUUAUUUAUGCUAGCUGUUUACUAGAGGAAAAAAGCAUCCUAUGGAACAACCUAAAAAUAGUAGCAAACUCCUUUAAAGGCCCCUGGUUAGUCACGGGGGACUUUAAUGAAGUGACAGGGGCAAAUGAAAAAUUUGGCGGAUUACCUGUCAACAAUAAUAGGGUUUCCAACUUCAUAAACUGUAUUGACUACUGUGAACUCCUAGACCUAGGGUUUAAAGAAACUACGGCAAGUAAUACUACUGCGGAAAUUUUUGAUGGUGCUACCAAUUUUGGUGUUGUCUCUGCUGCUACUGUUCCAGCUGUCCUGCCAGAUAUUCAUGGUGUUGCAAAUGUAUUAUUGCAUCCACAACUUUGGCAGACACUAAUGUCAAAAUACAG